GCUUUGGAGGAACGCAGAAACCAGAAAGGUCCCCGUAGAAAUUCGAAACCACACCACCACCUGGAAACCCAGACAAAGCACGAGCCACGCACGGCCCCCGCUGCCUCCCUUCCGCCGCCGCCGCCGCCGGCGGCGCGCCACCGUCGCUGCUCUCCCGCCUUCACCGCGCCCAACUCCAAUCCUUGCCUCCCCCGCGCGCUUCAGCCUCUUCACUCCCCAUCGUUUUCGCCUGGCCAGAUCCAGGUUUCCUUGACCCAGACCUCGCCUGCCUUACGCCUCCGGUCGGAUUCUUCGCCGUCCUUGUCCCCACUGGGCACCGCUGGGGUGGAGCGGAGAUCGGAUCCGCCGGGAGCUGAUUCCUUCUCUCGCAGUCUAGUUUGACGCGGAUUCAUUUGCUGGUCGGCAUAGCAUGAUCCUGCGGUGAUUGCGGAUAGCUUGUGCAAGCUGGUGGCUUGGGUGUUGUCUUUUUAAUCUGGCCUAAAGAUAUCCUGAGACGGUAGCGUCACAUGGAUGCUAGUACAGAGGUUACUGAUGCUAUUGGUGCGGUGGGCUUUGACAAUGGGGCCGCGGGGAAGUUGCCGCCCAGUGAUAGUGUAGAGGGGCACGCAGAAGAACACGAUGUGCUGGCUGAUGGAGCCCAUUCGGGCGAGAGCGAGGUGAUCAACCCAUCUGAAGAAGUAGAAAUGGAAGCCACCUCGCAGUCCCAGGACAUAAAGCCUCGAGUUCCUGAGGGGGUUCAAGGCCAUUCAAUGAAGGUUGGUACUAAAUCUCAGCGACAGAGCCCUCGAGGCGGGGAUAAGAGUCAAACUAGGAAAAGCUCUUUUAGUCCUUCUUAUCCUAAGGCGCCCAUUGCACGGGUUUCUGAUCCAGAUCUAGUUGAUUGCUCUUUGAGCAAUGGUGAUGCUGGUUCCAGUAAGAAAAAGGCCGAAAAGAGCAGUUUCCGCCCAGUUGCCAAGGAGACCCCAUCACUUGAGGACUCAAAUGAGAAGAAAAAAACUCAGAAGGCAUCAAACCAACAUUCUGUCAAAAAGGAUAUUGAAGAAGAAUCAAAUGAAAGUGUGAAACCUCAAAGGGUUGGCAGCACUCCUUCAUAUGGAUUUAGUUUUAAGUGUGAUGAGAGAGCUGAAAAACGAAGAGAGUUCUACUCAAAGCUCGAGGAGAAGAUUCAUGCACAGGAACUAGAGAAAAGCAACUUGCAGGCAAAAUCAAAGGAAACUGAAGAAGCUGAACUCAAAAUGCUGAGAAAGAGUUUAAAUUUCAAGGCAACACCAAUGCCCAGCUUUUAUAAGGAACCACCUCCCCCCAAGGUUGAGUUGAAGAAGAUACCUACAACAAGAGCUAGGUCACCAAAGCUUGGUCGCUCCAAGAACACAUCCUCAGGAGGGACAGAAGGGAAUCCAAAUCCUCCAGCUCGUUCAGGUCGACUGAGUCUCGAUGAAAGGGUCUCCCAAAAUGGUGUCAAGAAAGCACCUGCUGCAAAUGCAGUGAAGAAGCCCCAACGGAAAUCUCUACCUAAACUGCCUUCAGAGCAAACAACCAAAGUUGACAUUGCACCAUCUGUUCCAUCUGCAGAAGAGCUAGAAAACAAGUCGCCGACGAAGGGUCUUGAUCGAGAGCCGAUCCGCGCUCAAAUUACACCUGACGAACCUGGACUUACUGCAUAGGAACCUAUCAAGCCGACUCCUAUGAAAGGAGGGAGUUGUGCCCCAGCUUCCUUUAUCACAUUUUGCUAUUUCUGCAGUAAACUGCUGGCUGGUAUUAUGUAUUAGAAUUAGUCUCAGCACCAGGAGCUUGAAGAGUGGCAAGUGACACCGUGUAUUCUUUAUCUUAGUUUCUGUUGACAUACCAGGUAUUUGUAGUUGGCAGACAGGCAGAAUUUCAUAUUAUUCUCCAGGGCUACCAGUCAAUUAAGUUGCCGUCCAAGUAAGAUAUGUACACGAUUUUGCAAAGCUUUGUGAUUCAGUGCAUCAGUUCUUGCAGUUCGA